UCUUCUUCCUCCUUAAUCUCCAGCGACAAUGGAAUGCUCUGCAGCAGCUCCAAAGCUUUACCCAACCGUCGACUCUUCAACCACCAAAGCUUCUCUCCCCGACUCUUCUUCUUCCUCUUGUACUAAUAACAAUCUCUAUCCUUCAGUCCAUGUGAAUGAUCUUGUCAACAAUAUCUUUCCGGAUCCCACCGCAUCCGAUUCUGCUUCAGCUCCUCCUCUCGCGACGGAGGAAGUGCUUCUCAAAAUCCACGGCGCCAUUAUCCACCUCAUCGACAAAUCCUACAGCGUAGAGCUCGCUUGCGGCGAUCUCGAGAUCGUCCGUCUUGUUCAGGGAGAUAUCACCGUCGCUGUUUUGGCUCGCGUCGGUGAUGAGAUCCAAUGGCCGUUGACUAAAGACGAACCCGCCGUUAAAGUCGACGAGUCUCAUUACUUCUUCUCGCUCCGACCCGUCAAAGAAACCGGGUCAUCGGAUCAUUCAACCGACGAAGCAGAGGACGAUAUGCUGAACUACGGAUUAACAAUCGCUUCCAAAGGUCAAGAGCCAUUGCUGGAGCAGCUAGACAAGGUCUUAGCGGAUUGCAGCAGUUUCACGGCGGAGGAGAAGAAGAAGGAAGAGAACGUGUUGGAUUUGACGGCGGCGAAGGAGACGUCGCCGGAGGAGCUGAAGGGAAAGAGGAAAAAGAUGGUACAGAAGCAAUGCACGGCUUAUUGGACGACUCUGGCUCCGAAUGUGGAAGAUUACAGUGGAGUUGCAGCGAAAAUGAUCGCUGCUGGUUCUGGUCAACUGAUAAAAGGGAUACUAUGGUGUGGAGAUGUCACAAUGGAUCGGCUCAUGUGGGGAAAUGAUUUUAUGAAGAGGAAGUUGUCGAAAGCAGAGAAAGAGAGAGAAGUUAGUCCUUCAACUUUGAAACUUCUCAAAAGAGUGAGGAAGAUGACAAAAAUGACAGAUAAAGUGGCAAAUGGUGUGCUCUCUGGUGUUGUCAAAGUUUCUGGAUUCUUCUCGAGUUCUGUGAUUAACAGCAAAGCUGGGAAGAAAAUCUUUGGUCUUCUUCCUGGAGAAAUGGUUCUUGCAACACUUGAUGGCUUCAGCAAGGUUUGUGAUGCUGUUGAAGUAGCUGGAAGGAACGUUAUGAAAACAUCUUCCACUGUCACUACGGAAAUUGUCGACCACAAGUAUGGAGCAAAGACAGCACAAGCGACAAAUGAAGGGCUUAGCGCAGCAGGGCAUGCUAUUGGAACUGCGUGGAGCGUUUUCAAGAUCAGACAAGCUCUUAAUCCCAAGGGUGGCAUGAAGCCAUCAGCACUGGCUAAAACCGCACUUAAAACGGCAGUUAAAGGAAAAAUUAUAGGGACAAAGAGUUCUAAGUAGGAUAAUGGAUGGUGUGUUGUUUGUACAUCAGUCUUAAUAUUGCAUUGGUACAUAAAGCAUUGGACAGACUAUAGAUUUAAAAAAGAUUAGGGUAAUGUUGUGUUGUUGCUAGUGCAAACUACUUAGUGUGUUUCGAUUCUCUUAGAAUCAUGAGAAUCAUACAACCAUACAUAUAAUUUUAGAUAUUAUUCUUUGAUUGGUA